GUGCCGAUUCAUCCACGUGUUGCAGUUUGUGAUUCCUGUACACGCUGGCGUCAUUCAAAGUGAAAACAGUAUAUAGUGUAAAACACUAUGGGUGACUGUAGCAUUUUCACCUACACCGACAAUGACUUUAUAGGCAAGGUAUGUUGUUCCGGUCAGCAAAACCGCGGCCGCUCCAGAUUUGACAUCGCGCUUCGGUCGGGAUGGACGGAAAAGAGAAACACCGGGUUGUUCCGAUACCGGCUGGACGAGCUGGAGACGCGGAUCCUCCCGGGAUCACGUGGAUACAUUGCACAAUUAAACAUCAUGAGAGGCACAGAAAGACGAAAACCCCAGGAGAUCCUGAGCGUCCGCCAGAACUUUGACCCAAAACAGUUUAACUUCAAUAAGAUCAACCCGAAAGAGCUGCUGUUCGAGUUAAAGAGGGAGAGUGAACGGAAGUGCAGCGUCAUCAUAAACGUCAGCCCGUUAGAGUUCGGCCACUGUUUGCUGGUGCCUGAACCGGAGAAGUGUUUCCCGCAGGUUUUAACGCAUUUAGCAGUCCAAACGGGGAUAGAAACAGUUCUUCUGAGCGCUGAUCCGGGGUUUAGGGUUGGUUUUAACAGCCUGGGUGGCUUUGCCUCAGUUAACCAUCUUCAUCUGCACGGCUACUAUCUAAACCACAGACUGAAGAUUGAAAGCUCUCCAGCAAAGCUGGUCCUGCCUAACCUAAACCUGUAUGAGCUUGUGGACUUUCCAUCAGGAUUUCUGUUCUACACUCAAGGUCCAAACCUGGAUUUGGUGGUCAAAGCAAUCUGCAGUUUGACUGAUGUCUUGGUGGACCACAACAUCGCACACAACCUGUUCUUCACCAGAGGUUGUCCUCCUCAGAUGGAGCCCGACACCUCUUCAUCUAGAAAUGGUGUGAGGGUCAUCGUCUGGCCCCGCUUGUCCUGUUUCGGGGCCAAAGAAGAGUCUGCGUUUAACGUGGCCCUGUGUGAGCUCGCCGGACACCUGCCCUUCAAGAACAGACAAGACUAUGAGUCGGCCACUGAGGAGACCGUGCAGGACAUCAUCCAGAAAUAUCUGCUGCCCCAAGAAGAGACUGCCCAACUGAAAGAGCAUUUAAUGAAAUGUUUAUGAGCACAGGCUGAAGUGUCCUGUCAGAGAUUUGGGGGAGUUAAAAACUCACUCUUUCUCACAUGAGUUUGCAAUUGAAGUGCUGCUAAGACUUACUAGUGUUAUAGAAUUAGUCUAUUUAUAAACAUGUAUUGUGUAUGAAAAAUUCCACUGUGUGCAUUAGAUGUACUACUACAGGGAAAAUAUUGACCACUUUCAGGGCAUUUGGGUGGUUCGGAAGACCUAAAUAUGACCUAAAUACCCAGUAGGAGCUUGCAUGUUCCAUUUUUUAGUUAAACUCUUUUUAUAUUGGCAAUUCUCAAUCAGAGUUAUUACAAGUGAUGGAAAACUAAUACAUUAAUUUCACAAUAUUGAAGAAAAAAUUGGGGGGUAAAUAAACACAUUCUUUAUUAAACAGUAAGAAAAAAACUUGCUCAAACUUCACAUGUAAAAACUUGCAUCCAUCCAUGCUGGAGAAAUUCCCAUGUCUGGGGUGUCAUUAUUGCCUUGUCAGGAAUCACUGGUCUCGGCAACUUGUUGCGUUUCCACCAUGUUGGUCUGCUUAUAACACAACACUUAGUCUUGCAAUAAAACUAACAACUAUCAAUAUUCAGUAUGAUCAGUAGUUUCAUAUCUGUUCAUAUCUGAACUUGUUCAUGAUAAAUAUGUUUUGGAGAUCAACAUAUCUCAAAAAAUGUAAAAUCACAAGUUCUAUAUUAUUUACAAUUAAUUUGAAAAAGCAAACUUUCUUAUAUUGUUCACUUAUCACACAAAAAAGGUCAAUAUUUCAGAGUUCUU